CAGCUCUGUGUGAAUGAAGUGGAGCUCACUCGCAGAGCAGUGCUGAGCACAGUAACCCCGUCUGCUCCUCCUUCCUCAGCAGUCCAUGUGCCCUUCACCAAACCUCAAGAAAAGCCUCAGAGCUCAUCCGCUAGCCCGGGAUUACUGAGCAGCUGGCCCACACAGCCCAAAGCGGAUCUGCAGUGCCCUGAAUGAACUGGCACAGGCUUUCCAUCAGUUCUUGCGGGAGAUCGAAACGUUGACACAAGUUGUGGAUCUCGCACCCACUGUCAUGAUACCCAGUGAGCUGAGGGUGAGUCUGACUUCCCCAACGUUCUAUGAACAGAAUUCCAGUAAGUUGCAGGAUGUAUCAGUCACUUCUGGAAGUUACUCACAGACCCCAGCGAUCUGUCUGCAGGGGAGGGGGGGAUAUUAUGCCAAUAUUUCUAAAUAUGCAUGGCAGCAUCCUAUUUAUUAUUUUCCACUCAUUGUUUUGUUUAUAAUUGAUGUUAUAUUUCUGUUAAAGAAUAAUCUAAAUUAAAAUAAUGACAAGAAAUACAAAGCAGCCUGCAUCUUAAUUUAUGUUAACAGAGCUUUAUUGGUUUAUAACUGCUUUAAAAUAAGAGAAUGAAUAAGGGAUGAAUAUUUCCACUAUAGCUCUCAAGCUGUGCAAUGCAUAAUGUGCCUUUCCUUGACAGGUAAAGGGUUAAUAAAUGAUUAAUGAUAUCUCCUAUCUUCCCAAUAGCCAACCCAAAAAGGUGAUUGCAUGUUUGUUUUGAUAUCUGUGUACACAGACAGAGCAUGCAUGUUUGCAAUGCAAAUAUAUGUUGAUCCCUAAUGGCAACUGUCUUCCAAAGUUGUUUUAACGUGUGAUCACGAGCAAAUGCGGGAGAUUUACUUAUUUGUAAUUUAAAUUAAAAUUUGCAUGUUGCUAUGUGGAUGCAGAGCCUUGCAAAUGAAUGAAAGUCGUGCAGGCAGCAUGUUGCAUUGGUCAGACCUGUAUAUUCUGCAUGGGCAAUGUACUAAAGGCAAUUAAUACAUCCUAGUCACAAAAUAACACCCAGCUGGUGUUGCAAUGGUUAAGGGGUUAUUUCACAAUGCAAGUUUAAAUGUUACGUUGUUUGGUUAUGAAAUGGUUAUGUUUACAUUAAUGAUGCCUUAGGUUCUUUGGUCAUGCAAGGGUUAAUGUUAUAUCACUGCAUUGCUAUAUAAUGCAAUUCCUUAGAAUAUACCGAGGUUGCUAGGUUCUCUGGCAAUGAAUGGGUCAAGGUUACAUUUCUGCUGCAUAAUGUUGCUAGGUUAAUACUUUUUUUUAGAGUUCUUUGGGGUUGCAAGGGUUAAGAUUACACUGCUGUUUCCUAGAUCAGUUGGGAUUUUGAGGGGAAUACACAAUUUUACCUAGUGAUGCAAGGGUUAAUGUAACAUCUCUGCUACAUAAUAUACAUAAUCCUUGGUUGGUUUUAAGGGUCUCUGGUGAUGCAGGGGUUAAGUUUGCAUUGCUGCUACAUAAUGUUGCUUCUAACAGAAUCUCCUGUGUGUCUGAGUGUGUGUGUGUGUGUGUGUGUGUGCUUUGUUCAUGCCAGUAAUUGCUUAGCCCUGGGCUGCCCUGUGUGUGUUUGUGUGUUGAAGGUCUGGUUAGUCAUUUCAUAGACUCAGGCUUCCAAUCCCCUCACACUCCCUCCACGUGCUGCAUGUACAGCUGUCAGGCUGUGUUAGGAGGUAGAAUGCCCCAGUACUGAAUGGAAGGUACAGCUCCAUCACACUGACAGGCUGCAUGUCCUGACAUGUAUAUACUGGAUGGAUCUAGCAGUGAAAAAGGGACAACAGCAUGUCUAACAGCUCUGAUCAAAAACACACUCACAUCCCUCUAAGACAUACAGUAUGCGAGGUUAUGAUCCACAACACACUCACAUCCCACUAAGAUAUACAGUGUGCCAGGUUCUGAUCCACUACAUACUCACAUCCCACUAAGAUAUACAGUGUGCCAGGUUCUGAUCCACAACACACUCACAUCCCACUGAGAUAUACAGUAUGCGAGGUUCUGAUCCACAACACACUCACAUCCCACUGAGAUAUACAGUAUGCGAGGUUCUGAUCCACAACACACUCACAUCCCACUAAGAUACAUAUGAGGUUCUGAUCCACAAGCAUGUUAUUCACAAAACAAGGAACUGGGGAAAUCUGCAAAUUACAGAUUUGUAAAUGUGCUCUAAAUGUAUUUUUUUUUUUUUUUUUUACAUCUUUAAUUAAUCUCCCAGCAAGAUACAGUGGGCUACUUUUUAAGCUGAGUCAGCUAUGCCUCAAUGCUAAGACAAUGGCAAUCAACAUGUUGGUCUACAACUCCCAUCAUCCUCAUCCUGCCAUGCUGACAGAUGUUAUUGACACUCCAGUAGCAAUAAAUCCCCGGUGGUGUCUUGAUGUGCCAUUCCAGAUAAUCCCAUUGUCUCAUUUUGUUGUCACUGUGUAUGGAUGCCCAUUGAAAACAAUGUGUGCUUUGUUGCCUUGUUCGGAUAUGGGCCAGAUCUACUAAAUGGUGUGAUGCCAGGUGGAGUUUUUAAAAGGCUUUGUUCCAUGUUACUGUCCUGUGUCAGAGCUCUAUACACCUGAGAAUGACAUUGUUAACAAAUAGAAGACUGAAAAUUGACACUUUUCAUCUUGUAAUGGAUAUUCUGCUUGCUCUGUGUGCAUGUUUCCAGUUAGUGAGAUGAGAUGUUCUUUGUUCUCCCUGCAGUCAGCCAGGAGGUUGAAAAAAUUAUGAUUUGAAUAAAAAUAGCAAUUUUUAUUCUUUUUCUUUUUUUUUUGGAGCAGCAUGCUUAAUGUCUUUCUACAAGCUGUGUCCCAAACCCUACAAUAUGCUGUGCAAUCCAUUCAUCAGAUCCAUGCACCUUUUUAUUUCAUUUUAAAAGCUUUCUCCCCUCUCUGCAUGAGCCUGGGAUUCAGUGUUCUCCCAAACAGACUUACAGAAGACUUAACCUAAGUAAAGAAGAUUUUUUUAUUCUUGGUACAUCUUUGAUGUAUACAGUUAGAAGCCUACAGACUGCCUUUAAGAACAAAAAAAAAAUCUUGAAGUCAGAUAGACUUGCACAUUCCUCGUGCUCCCGUAAUGGUUAUAAAUCCCAGCUCUGUCAGAUGAAUUCCUUUUAUCUUGCCUGCAAACAUUUUACUGCUCAUUUUUGUCUUAUGCAGUGAGGUCAUUAUAAUUUGCAGACACCCAGCAUUCCUCUGAUAAGAUAUCAAAUGGGAUGAUGUGUUAGUAGUUUACUCUUUCUAAUGCCAAGGGUUUCACCCACAUGUUGCAGUGCCACCUUGGUUGAAAGGGUUAAAAAGUCUUUGUUCUCAGUAUGGCGAUAUCUAUGUCAGUUCAUAAAGGGCUCCCAUUAACCAUUUAUCUGCCACAAUUGAAUUGAAAGAUAAAAUAAGUCAAUCCGAUGUUCCCUUUUUAAUCCAUCGGGUACCCGUUGGCACUCAAGGGACGAAAUAUGUUCUGUUAGUCUGCAGACACUGACGUUCUGCUUUUACACUGUUGGCGUAUUACAGCAGCUGAGUGUGGCGCUGUUUGUAAAGAUGAAUGGCAGUUUAUCUUACUUAAACAGACAUUUGUCAGGGACAUUACUUCUAGUUUCUGCAUGCCCAGUCCUGUUUUUUUAUAAUUUAUAUUCCAUUUGUAAUAAUUUUUUAGAGUAAAAUAACCAUUCGGAAUUUGGCAAACUGAAUUUUGGAUACUAGGAAGGAUGUUUAUCAAAGGGAUCUAUUCGCUAAACACAGAAUUGUACAAUUUAGAUCAAAUUAGAAUAGCCAUGCUGUUGUUAUAGCCACAUUGGAUAAUCUUUUACAAAUUUACUAUAGAUGCAUUCAUUUUCCACUUUCUGUUGAGACUCUCCAUGUCUGUGUGUAGUAAGUAAAUCCCACUGUGUUUAACAAGAGGUUUUUAACUUUAUCUAGACCUUAGAACAGGAAACCCCUUACUACUUGUUCUGUAGUCUGAUUAGUGGGACAUGCAAUGUGGAACCAGCAGGUACAUUUAAGAUUGUGGAUUUAACAUUGGAGAUUGCCCACUUUUACAAUUUUGCACCAUUUUAAGUUUAUAACACUUUCAUUUUUAUUCACUAAAGUGAGAAUUCAAAUCAAAUUCAAAGUGAAUUUCAAAUUUAAGGUGAAAAAAUAGCCACAUUUGAAAAAAAUCUCUAAGUCCGCAAUGCUUUCAGCUUGGCUACUCUGGCCUUAAACUUGGAUUUCACUUAGAAUUCUCACUUUAGUGUAUGAUUCCAUAAUGGUGGUUGGCAGUAAGUAGUGUGGCGGACUUAGUAUCUUUGUCAGUUGGCAUAUUACACACCAUAUCAUCAUUUAAUCUCUUGUUGGCUUUUGUUAUCACAAGUAUUAAUUAGCAGCAGCUCCGGCCGCUGUACUCUGUUUGAAUUUAUGUUAAAGUCCACAUCAAAUAACACUGAUCUCUUGUAAAACUUGCGAAAGAGAACAUUCUCAGGAUUAAGGCUUUUGAGAUUUACCUACAUUUGUUGGGUUUAGCCUGAAUUUACAUUUAACAAAGCUGACAGUUGAGUUAAAAGUGAGGGGCCACUGCAAUACCUGUAACACACUGUAGGAAGCUUCUCGUAAAUAUAUUAACCCCUUAAGGACACCGUUAUGAUUCACUUUUAUUCCAGAAGUUGUGUCCUUAAAGGGACUCUCCAGUGCCAGGAAAACAAUCCAUUUUCCUGGCACUGCAGGUCCCCUCUCCCUCCCACCUCCCAAUCCCCAGUUGCUGAAGGGGUGAAAACCCCUUCAGGUCACUUACCUGAGACCCCGCCGAUGUCCCUAGGCGGUGGUUUCAUCUCGCUGCCGCUCCUCCCAGUCUUUACGUCGGCCGGUGGGCGAGACUGAUCCCGCCCACCGGCCGGGGAGACCGCGGGGAGACCGCAUUAGAGCUCCCCCUAUAGGAAAGCAUUGAAAAUGCUUUUCAGUGCUUUCCUAAGGGGAAUUGAGCGACGCUGGAGGUCCUCACACAGCGUGAGGACGUCCAGCGACGCUCUAGCACAGGUUUUCAGGAAGUGCCCUCUAAAGCUUUGACAUUUUUGAGAAAUGGCAAUAUUUACAUUUUUCCCAAACUUUGCCUUUAGUGGUUGCCUAGUGGCUUCUUAUAAUAGAGAAUCAAUGGAUUCAGUUCUUCUCUGUAGACCGCAAUUUCCUCACAUUGAUGAACUGAGAUCCUAUAAAAGUCAAAGGGCAUCAACACUUAGAGACUUGCGAAAACUAGAUAAAAUUAUCAACGCUGAUAUAGUUAUUGUAUCAGAGGCAUCAUGAGAAAAUUUUCCUAAUUUGCAUAGAAAGCCCUCUCUGUGCCGUUUUCAGAAGGCAGCUGUGAUGUGAGAGUUUAAAAAAAAAAGUGAGUAAUGGCAGCUUUUGUGUGCUGAAUUAAACAAUAUUCAGACUUGACAGUUCCUUUUUUUUCAUGAAUGACUCCACUGUGUUCCCUUGUUCUGUCCCGCAAGCCUUGCUUUGUGGAAUUGAUGGCAGGGCCCAAGACAUUCAAUGAUGUUGUGGAGGCUGUCUGCACACAGCACAUUUCUCUGCAGCAGCAAAGGGCUAUUGUGUCUUUGUAAUCUGUUUGCAUAAGUGACCAUAUCUAUUUAGACAAGAAAAAUGCACACUGCAUACCAAGCAGCCUUUACAUUUAUUCUACAGGCUUGGCAUGGCAGGGAUCUUAGCAUGCAGCGUUUAGCUCAAUAUAUUACAAUGUAUUCUGUAUCUGAACGAAGCUCUACUUAUUCUUAUUUCAUCUUGGUCAUCGUUACUUCUAAAGGUAGGCAGCAAUUUAUCUAUGGGACAACUGAUCUCACAUUGAAAAAUCUCUGGUCCCAUGGCUGCACAGACUUCUAAAACAACCUUAUGGGAGAUAUUGAACGGCAGACUAAGAAAACAGAGAUUUGUAUUUUCUUUUUAAAUUUUUUUACAGAAGUACACAUAUAUUUGUCCAUUAACUCAUUUUUGAAUGGAUCUCAGAACCUACUGACUUUUUAAAGGGCUUAUUCACUAAAUAAUUCUUGAGAACUUGGGUUCCACAUCACCUCUCUCAUCCUCUGAUGUGGAAGGGUGGGGGGCAGAGGGUUGUCAGUAAAUAAUAGAAGAGGUGCCCAGCCCCGUGGUCUAUGAUAUACCUAGACUGUAAGCUCUUUUGAGCAGGGUCCUCAUCUACAUAUUGUUCCUGUAACAUUUCAUUAUUGUUUCAUUGGUUAAAUUCUCCUUUGAAUGUUAAACUCCGCGGAAUAAGCUGGCGCUAUAUAAAUACUAACAAUAAUAAUAAUCUAUACUCUAUGCCGCUAACUCAGUAUUAUCCUCCACUUUGAUUUUUUUCUAUAAUCAGCUUGCCUGGCUUGGUUUAUUUGUCAAUGUGGAGAAAUAAAGUCACACGAUUCCAACAGUUCGAAGCUUUGUAUUUUCCAUAAACCAUAACGUACAAGUCUAUAAAGAUAUUAUGUCACUUUAAAUUCUCUGUGAUGGGACCCUGGUCAAACAAAGCUUUAUCGCAGGAAGGUGUUAUGUAGAUUAAGAUUGCAUUCAUAACUCAGAUUAGCUCAGGGCUCGUUAAUUAGCUCAUUGACCUUUGUACUGUCAGCAAAGUGCGCUAGAUUUAGACAUUGAGAUCUCCUUGGCAGUGCUCUGCGUAGAGUACAGUGGGUUUUUGUUUUUUGUUUUCCUUAGCUGAUAUUAAAAUACUCUCCAAGUUUGUUAUAGUCACAGCUUGGAUAUUUUUGCUUUACGUUUGCAACAAUUUAGAUUUUAAUUUGCUACAAUUUGAAGUUUAUUGAACUUUAAUGAUGCAGAACCUCCUUGAAAAAUGUAGGCUAACAUCUAUUUAGAAGCAUUCUUUUUUUUUUUUUUGCUUUUAAUUUCCAUCCUAAACUUGGCUAAUUUUGACCUGAAUAAGUAUUCAGUUGACUAGGGGGCGUGAGUAGGAUUUCUGCCAGAUUUGUAAAAAAUUCUACACAGCUGCAGUUCUGUGGCAGAUGAGCACAUGGUCUAUAUCCUAUAACGGGCCAGGUCAGAUCUUAUUUCUCAUGCAUGGGAUUUUCUCUCUCUCAUAUUAUAGAUUCACCAUGGUUGACUUUACAGAUCAUUUUUUGUGUAGUUGUUUUUUUUUUUAUGUUUGACUGCUCUAUAAGCAUUUUGACAUGCGUGAAGGACAACAGAUGAAAGUUAGGAGGAAAAUAAAUAAAAAAUUACUAUGUUUGGGAGAAAACCUUUUUGCUGAGCUCAAGUCUGCAUUACACCCGAGUAGCACGUGGAACUGGUUUUUCAAGACUUCAUAUAUGUUGAGAAAUAUGAUAAUGUGUUUUUUAAAAGCUCACACGUUCACUGCAUUAGGGAGGGCACAUGCCACCAAGGGUUCUGUUAAAAGAGAAAUUGCAUAACACUCCUAAGAUUUACCUUUCUGUAAGGACAAUUUUGUGACUCGAGCCUGUAUACGUAUUUAGAGUUACUUACUAUACAUAACUGCAUUUUAUAUAUACAAAAUGUGUAUUGCUAUCUUUUAUACUCUUAUUCUUUAUAUGAAGUUGCAGUGAAUGGUUUGACUAGACAGGAUGUGCUUCUCAGAAGAGGUGCAACAGAAACUAUGUCCCCCUUUUUACUGGGAAAACUGCUUUGUAAUUUGUACUAUUUAUUUUGUAAACAUUAGAGAGGUGUGUGUGUGUGUGUUUGUUUUCUUGAAUCUGACUUAAAGGAACGCUAUAGUGUUAGGAAUACAAAGCUGUAUUCCUCACACUAUAUAAACCCUUUGCAUCCUCCCCACCCCUGGCAAUGUAAAGGGUUUAAAAAAACAUUUUUCACUUACCUGAUUCUAGCACUGAUGUCUCCACCGAGAUCAGCAGAUUGGGGUGAGCCUAAGGCGCAUGCACAGUGAGUGCCACGCAAGCAUUAGGCCUUCCCCAUUGGAAAGGCCUAAUACAAAGCAUGGGGACUGUUAUAGGUUGCUGGGUUAAGGGAACCGGGAUGCUGCACCCAGACCACUUCAAUGAGAUGAAUUGGUCUGGAUGUCUAUAGGGUCCCUUUUAUAUAACUGAACCCUUAAUGCUACUGUGUUUAUGCAUUAUAAAUAUUGCACAGAAUAUACUGUGGUACAAUCUGUUUAACUAAAGUUUUUGGUUUGUCUAAUUACAGGAGUGAAAAUGUCAGUCAGCAUACAUGAAAACCGGAAGUCCAGGGCCAGUACUGGCUCAAUGAACAUAUACUUGUUUCACAAGUCUUCAUAUGCAGACAAUGUCCUUACUCACCUCAACUUACUACGCCAGCAAUGUCUCUUCACAGAUGUCUUACUGCUGGCAGGAAACAGGUCUUUCCCUUGCCACCGUGCUGUCCUUGCCGCUUGCAGUCGCUACUUCGAAGCCAUGUUCAGUGGUGGACUUAAAGAGAGUCAAGCCAAUGAGGUGAAUUUUCACAGUGCCAUCCAUCCCGAGGUUCUGGAACUUCUCUUGGAUUAUGCUUACUCAUCAAGAGUCAUCAUCAAUGAAGAGAAUGCAGAGUCUCUCCUUGAAGCUGGGGAUAUGUUAGAAUUUCAGGACAUCAGAGAUGCUUGUGCAGAGUUUUUGGAGAAGAACCUUUACCCUACCAACUGCUUAGGGAUGCUGCAACUUUCCGAUGCUCAUCAGUGCACUAAACUUUACGAACUGUCUUGGAGAAUGUGUCUUUCUAAUUUCCAAACCAUCUGUAAAACAGAAGACUUUCUCCAGCUCCCUAAAGCAAUUGUGAUACAGCUGUUGUCCCAUGAAGAGUUGGAAACGGAAGACGAGAGAAUGGUCUAUGAAUCUGCUAUGAACUGGAUAAACUAUGACCUAAACAAGAGACACUGUUAUUUAUCCGAAUUGUUGCAAACUGUACGAUUAGCUCUGCUACCUGCUAUCUAUCUCAUGGAGAAUGUAGCUAUGGAGGAACUUAUCAUCAAACAGAAAAGUAGCAAGGAGCUAGUAGAAGAAGCCAUCCGGUGCAAGCUUAAAAUAUUGCAAAAUGAUGGUGUAGUCACAAGCCUGUGUGCAAAACCCCGUAAAACUGGUCAUGCCCUGUUUCUCCUUGGUGGACAGACUUUCAUGUGCGACAAACUUUACCUCGUAGACCAAAAGGCAAAAGAGAUUAUACCCAAAGCCGACAUACCAAGCCCUCGAAAAGAAUUCAGUGCUUGUGCAAUUGGCUGUAAAGUCUACAUCACUGGUGGAAGAGGUUCUGAGAAUGGCGUUUCAAAAGACGUUUGGGUGUACGAUACACUCCAUGAGGAGUGGUCAAAGGCUGCUCCCAUGCUUGUAGCACGGUUUGGACACGGUUCUGCAGAACUUAAGCACUGUUUGUAUGUAGUAGGUGGACACACAGCAGCCACUGGCUGCCUUCCCGCUUCCCCUUCUGUGUCUUUAAAACAAGUGGAACAAUAUGACCCAGCAACCAACAAAUGGACCAUGGUUGCUCCUCUUCGGGAAGGUGUGAGCAAUGCAGCUGUAGUCAGUGCAAAACUCAAACUGUUUGCUUUUGGAGGGACUAGUGUAAGCCAUGAUAAAUUGCCCAAGGUUCAGUGUUAUGAUCCAUCCGAAAACAGAUGGUCAGUACCAGCCACAUGCCCUCAGCCGUGGCGAUAUACAGCAGCAGCUGUUCUGGGAAAUCAGAUUUUUAUCAUGGGUGGAGAUACAGAGUUCUCAGCCUGUUCAGCUUACAAAUUUAACAGUGAAACAUAUCAGUGGACUAAGGCUGGAGAUGUGACAGCCAAAAGAAUGAGCUGUCACGCUGUAGCAUCUGGUAAUAAACUGUUUGUUGUUGGCGGCUAUUUUGGGAUUCAGAGGUGCAAAACUCUGGACUGUUAUGACCCAACCCUUGAUGUGUGGAACAGCAUAACUACAGUACCUUACUCCCUAAUCCCCACAGCAUUUGUCAGCACUUGGAAACAUCUGCCGUCUUAAAGAACAAUGGCAUGGUAAGAAAAUAUCCCAGAAAUACAUUUGGAGCAGAUAUUGAAAUGCUUAAUUAGCAUAUUUAAAACAUUUACAUGGCACUUGUGUAGUAAAGUAAAAUGUAAUUUGUAUGAAAUGUCAGUUGAAUGUUAAGUGACACUGAUACACUCAUAAAAUGUUGAAAAAAUUUAUUCGAGAUUUGUACUGUUGCGCAUAGAUAAAAAAACAACAGCAGCAAUGUUUGUCAUGUGAAUAUGAAUAGGAAAAACACUUUUGAAUGAAUUGGAAUCACUUAUACACACCAUUGAGAGGUUCACCUAGAGGAAAGAUAUGUAAUACAUUCAAAGUACAUGAUUCAUAAACAUAGAGGGUUUAUUCAAUAAAUAGUUUGUGGUAUUAAUCUGAAAACCAAAUGGCAAUAUGUAGGCCAAAAUAGCUGAUUUGGAGAAAUUCUCCAUUUACUGUUAAAUAGAAGGAAAAAUAAUCUUAUUAUUUUUUAUUUUUUCAUUUUUUUUUACUAUACAAGCUGUGCAAAUUGGUCUGUUUUAGUGCACGAGGCCCCGGGAGACCAAGGUCAUUAAAGGACACGAGGGGGUUAUUAUAUAGGCAUCAAUUUGCAGACUAUAUAUGGGAGAGUUAUAGAUUGACAUUUCUCAAUUGUCUGUUGAAUGAGCAAACAAACUUUCAGUAAAAGUAUAUGAACUGCUUAAACCAGUUCCACACGUUUCUGAUGCUUUGUCGAGUGUGUAAAUGAAACCCACUCUCCUUCCUCAUUCCUGGGGUAUUGCUAAGAGUUAACUGGAGUGCUUGCUGGGUUUCCGCUCCACAAUGACUUUUUACUCUCUUACUCAUUUCCCAGUGUUUGUCAUGGCUAUUAUCAAGCUGUCUGCUCCAUUACUUAACAUACUCUUGAAGGUCCCUUCCCUAUUUUGUGUGAAACUGUUUGCUUUAUAUGAUCAUCAUAUAACCCUUUGUUUGCGAGAGAGGUUAGCCACAACCCUCUGACAUGCAUACGGCUUAAUCCAAGGAGAGGGACAAUAUUUGAGUAAAUAAGAAUUAUUUGGGUCUUCUGGGACACCCAUUUUCUUUUUUUUUGUCUUUAUGAAUACAUUUUAAAUCCCUUUAUCAUGAUUUUAGUUGCCCAUUCCACGUGGAUUUCACGAUUUUCCUGCAGACAUUUCUUCAUGCUAAUGGACAACUCAUGAAUGGUGCUAUAUUGAAUCCAAAGGCUAAAGGAAGUAAAUCAGUUCGCUAGUCAAGGAAAAUGCUAAAAUUAGCUGAUUUGAUUUUCUCCUGCAGCAUGAGAAUUCUACAUACAGUGGGGCAGCUUUUCACAGUUGCUGCCCAUCAGCAUGUAGAAGUUAUAUGUAUCCAGGAAAACAGUGGAUAGUGGUGGAUAUGGCACCCAGAUUUACUCUUUCUCUACCAUCCAGCUCCAGCUAAUGCCUAGUUGUUCUCCUCUUUGUGUCUGGUUGUAGUUUCUACCCAUUCUCCUCCUGUACUCCAGGGCAUACAUCGCACAAAUGUGUAAUUAGUGUAAUACGGGGUUGGUGAGAGACACAGGAAUAUUGACCAGUAGUCCCAGUAAGCUGGAGUGACUUAGCAACAGAAUGUCUACAGGGGGAGGCAGAAGAUCCCUUUGGACACAUGCAUUUUCAAAAAUUUGCAAAACACUUCGAGUAUUACGUCCUAAAACCAUGCAUCACUCACCAGAAACCUCAGGAUGAAAGAUGGUAGACAUAAUAUUAUUAUUAUUAUUAUUGGUAUUUAUAUAGCACCAGCUUAUUCCGCAGCGCUUUACAAUAAAUAGAUUUCAAAUCCCAUGUACAAUGGUGUGUGAGGUAGUGAAUGAUCACUUUAUGGUAAAAUACCAAAUAUGCAUGUGGAUUUUAUAAUUUAUUUAUUAUUUUGACAUUUAGUGGAUGUGGAUGGAAAGUCACUCGCUGAAUAAGCUCAGAUCUGAAGUCAAAGUCUGCUAGUUUGUCACAUUGACGCUAUAUCUUUUUAUGUCAGGAAAAAAAAAAGAAUCCAUAAUUCUGAUGGAUUGUCAAUGGGUCAGACAUCUGCCACCCCAAGGAUUAAGUCAGUCAUCGCCACCCCAAGGAUUAAGUCAGUGCAACAUGAAAGGAAGUCUAUAGACGCAAUACACGCUAAACGUUUGCUUAGCCACUUCUGUCUUGAAAAGGUUUUGUCACAGUCCUGCAAACGGAUAUACAUUUUAUCAAGGUCUCUAAGCCAUUAACAUGAUAAUAACCUAUUAUAAACUUUCACAGUCUGCUCUAGAAUCACAAUUUUUGAUCUGUGCUUACAUUUUUAAUUUUGGUUUACUGUGUAAAAUCACUGUUUAGUGAAUACAUCCCUAAGUUAACUGGAUCCUAGUCCUAAAAUGUUAAUCUGUACAUACUGAGUGCAGCUGAGUUCACACCAGGGCAUUUUCACACCCCAUUUUAAAGGAUAUUAACUUUUCACUGGCGAAACAGGAACAAGGGGGCGCUGACAGUUAUUAGAAAUGUUCAAUAAAACAGAUGGGACCUAAUUCAUUUCCACGUAGAUUUGCAAUACAAUUGGACUGUCGCUUUGUAACCCUUCUAGGGGAACCUUGAUAUUACCCAUUUGCUGCAAGCCGUCUUUGUUUACUUUAAAUCACACGUGUGCCUUUAUCGUCUCGAGAGGAAACUAACCUUCGCUUGUUUUCUUUAUGUCUCUCGCAGAUACAGGAGCUCAGCUGUGAAGACUCUGGGCCAUCUCUUAAAUGGAGGAGAAUAGACUUCCCUGGCUUGAAAGCGGUUGCUGGCAUCCUGUACAUUUUAAAAUGUUGUAGCCAAGGCUGCUGAAUCCUUUGGCACCGAAAAAAGAAAAAGAAAAAAACAAUUUGGAUCGUAAGGGAGCAAAACCCCCCCAAACUCUAUAAAUUGAGUUUUAAAUAUCAGUAUUAACUGCAUUUGAGAAGCAGAAUCUUUGACAGAGAAGAAUUGCAUGAUUUCUAACAUUGGUAGGGUUUAAAAAGGAAACAAACUCUGCGUCACGUGGAAGACAAAACUUGGAUCCAUCUGGACAGAUCUCUAUGGCAAUGAUUGCCACCUAAAUGCAGAAUAACUCGUAACGUCGGCACCGGCUGCGGGGGAGGCUUGCGGGUUCCAAACCGCAAAAUGUCAUGAUGCAUCAAUUCCAACUACAUAUCGCUUGCAAACAAAACUGGACAGACUGUGAUCACUGCAGGGUGUUUAUUAACCCUUUGGGUUCCAGAGAAAAGUCUUGCUCUAGUGCAAAGCUUUCCUCUGCCGCUCAAAAGGUCAAUCAGAGCAUACGCACACAUCAACAUUGUGUAAACCACUAUUGUAAUUUAAAAAGAAACUGUGAAGGAACAUUCUAUGUCUUACUCUCAAACCCCAUUGCCAUUUCAAUCGCCUAUUUGUAUAUUUGUACUGACCGUCUCAUUUUUAUUUUUCGUUGCAUUCCACAUUGUGUCUGUACAAUGGUCCUGUGCUGUCUGCAUGCCAAUACAAUGCGUGUAGCUGUAUUCACAUGUGAGAGGUCUGACGAUGAAUGAAUGUUUUUAUUGUUUUGGUAACAAUUAUCAGAAUGGAACCAAUAAUCUCUUUUUUAAAGAUUCAUUUUCACCUAGCUGUGUGCAGCAUGUCAGAUCUGACAUUACCGCUUGGUCAUACAAAGCUUUCAGACGUAGAACUUUUAGUUUUUAAACCUUUUUGUAAACUGAAGAAAUUGGUCUCUUAUUAGGAUUUGGCCUUUGUAUCCGAGGGGACAGUGCAUUGGUUUUCUGGGUAGGAAAAAUACAGAAUGGGUAUCGACAGAAGAUUUUCAAAGGAGGGGUAAUUGUCCAUUACUGCCCUAUGCUGUAGACACCUGCUCAUGUCUGGAUUUCAAACAAGUAGCUGGGAGGAAAGUGGUUUGACUCCUGAGGUACAGAAAUGCUGCAUGCAACAGGCCAUGCGUUGACCAUUAAUUUCCCGGUCAAUAAUGUGCCUAUAAAAAAAAAAGUGCAUCUGGCGUUAAGAAUGUAGAAAAUCCGUCUGAAAAAUUCAUACCUCUAUCUGUUGUGUCUUGUGAUAAAUACAGAACUGAACUGGUUAAAACCAGCUUCUACAAAGAAAAAAAAAUAGUUUUUCAGGGCAUUCUGAGCAACAAUAUUACUGGAAGCAAAGCAGCAUAAAGGUCAUGGUGUCGAGGGGUUCAGCUUUUUCAGACGAGGGUAGUUGGAUUACUUAACCAGGUCUUAAAUUACACACGAGAAUAAAAUAAGCUUAGCAGGUAACUUUUUCAGGCCAACGGCUCUGCGAGUCAUAUAGAACCUCUGCUACAUAUAUCUGACCCUGAACGUUCUUUGAAUUCCAGAGGUAUGCACUUAAAGGUUGAAUCUAGAGGUAUUUUCUUUGCAAAGUGUAGAAUGUACCCUCUUUAAGCACGGUUGGUUUAUUAUAAAAUGUAUCCAGCAGGGCAGCAAUACCUUUUAAUGUAGCCAUGCCAUGGUUUAACCCCUUAAGGACCAAACUUCUGGAAUAAAAGGGAAACAUGACAUUUCACACGUCAUGUGUCCUUAAGAGGUUAAAGUGCACCCCCCCCCCCUUUUUUUUUUUUUUAAAGAGGACACCUAUGGAAAAACUCAUUAAUGCACAGGUGAAUUUGUGUCAGAGUUAUCCUGUAAUAGGUAUUUUUCUGGUGUCCCUUUAAAAAAAAAAAAAAAAAAAAAGUGAAAAUGAUCUUAAAGGAAAACUCUGUCACUUUCAUUCCCUCACUUAAUUAAAUGCUAUUUAAGCACUUACAAGAGUGAGGAGUUCUUUGUCCAGAACAACAUCCUCUCCCAAUGGAAUCUCUACAGAAGCAACAUGUUAACAGACCUUGAGAAAUUAUUUAAACUCCCCCCCCCCCACCAUAGCUCUGCAUGCGCACAUUUGGCAUUAUGGAAGGAAUGGCCAAGCACAUGCGCUAAUGUUGGGGUUGAAUUCAUUUUGCUAGGUAUACUAUGGCUUUUGUCAAGACAGUCAGGUAUUGUAAAUUAUUGAAAAUAAAUAGUUGAGAAUAAAAAGAUAAAAAAGUAGCACAAUCCAUAGCUGUUAGUUGGCUAAUGGUUAUGCAAAAAUCUCACAUGUGACAGUUCUGCUUAAAUAUGCUUCGAGGUUUAUUGAAGUUUAAAAAAAAAAAAUAAUUUUCAAAAUAUUUUUGGUGGUCCGUUCUCAGGAGGGUUUUUAUGCCCUUCUGUUUAAUUAAAAAUGUACUUAUUGCAUUGUUAAUGGCAUUAUCCAAAGUUAUUUAUUUUAUUUAUUGAUGUUAGCGGUGCACUUUUGCCAAAGCCACGUGUAUUUUUAUGUGAAAGAAUGGCGGUUUCUUUGUGGUCUUUCUUUCAACGCUCAGUGGAUUUGUGUUAAGGAAAAAAAAAUAAAUAAACUUGCACUGUUUGACAUUUUCUGAAUAA